GUCGGGAGCGCGCUCGCCUCGCCGCCAUGUUGUGCUGAAAGGCGGCGGCGGCGGCGGUUGUAGCCAGGAGCCCGGCGACCCCGGCCCAAGGCAGGAGGCCGCGCCCCGGGACGGGGUGUGGGGGCUCCGCGCCAUGCCCAGCCCCGCGUCCUGUGCCUCUGAUGGGAUCUGAACAGAUGUUGCCCUUCUCUGGUGUGCAAAUGUGGAAGAGAAAGCGGUGAAGCUGAGAAUCCGUAGAUUGUGCUGUGUGAGUGGCAGCUCGGCCUCUGCAUGGAAUUCAUUGCAUCUUUGCCAUGUUAUAGAAAGCUUGUUGCCUGGUGCUCAACUGUUCCUCCAACACAGCUUUUUAUGACCUUUAAACUCAUUGCCAAUGUGAAGUAUUGGAAGAGUAACGUCUGAAAGUGUCUGGGACAAAGAGGGCUGUUUUAUUACCUCUUCUUUGGGAAGCUGAUCGUACUGUUUGAUUUUAAUAAGUGAAGACGAGCCACAAAGUGUUGUGAGUAAAGACGAGGAUUUCUCCUCCUAUCCAGGGCCUGUCAUGGAUGAAGAGACUCAGCACAGCCUUGAAUGCAUCCAGGCUAAUCAGAUUUUUCCCAGGAAGCAGCUGAUCCGAGAGGAUGAGAACCUUCAGGUCCCAUUCAUUGAACUUCAUGGUGAGAGUACAGAGUAUGUAGGACGAGCAGAGGAUGCCAUCAUUGCACUUUCUAAUUACAGACUUCACAUCAAAUUCAAGGAGUCUCUUGUGAACGUUCCAUUGCAGCUUAUAGAAAGUGUCGAGUGCCGCGAUAUAUUUCAACUUCAUUUGACUUGCAAAGACUGCAAGGUUAUAAGGUGUCAGUUUUCUACUUUUGAGCAGUGUCAAGAUUGGCUUAAGCGUCUGAACAAUGCUAUCCGCCCUCCUUCCAAGAUAGAAGACCUCUUCUCAUUCGCCUACCACGCCUGGUGUAUGGAGGUGUAUGCUAGUGAAAAGGAGCAGCAUGGGGAUUUGUGUCGGCCAGGAGAACAUGUAACUUCAAGGUUUAAAAAUGAAGUGGAGAGGAUGGGUUUUGAUAUGAACAAUGCCUGGAGAAUUUCCAACAUCAAUGAAAAGUACAAGCUCUGUGGUAGCUACCCCCAGGAGAUCAUAGUUCCUGCCUGGAUCACGGAUAAGGAGCUGGAGAGCGUGGCAAGCUUUCGGUCUUGGAAGCGCAUCCCUGCUGUUGUGUACAGGCACCAGAGCAAUGGAGCAGUCAUUUCCCGCUGUGGACAACCUGAGGUCAGCUGGUGGGGCUGGAGGAAUGCGGAUGAUGAGCACCUCGUCCAGUCUGUAGCCAAAGCCUGUGCCUCAGAUUCGAGGUCCAACAGUAACAAACUAAUGAAUGGAAAUUGUUCAAGGGAUUUCUCCAAUGGAGGAGACCUCUCUGAUGUGGAAUUUGAUUCCUCAAUCUCUAACGCCUCGGGAGCAGAGAGUUUGGCAAUACAGCCUCAGAAGCUUUUGAUCUUAGAUGCACGAUCCUAUGCAGCAGCUGUGGCUAACAGAGCCAAGGGUGGAGGCUGUGAGUGCCCAGAGUAUUAUCCAAACUGUGAAGUAGUGUUCAUGGGAAUGGCAAACAUUCAUUCUAUCCGGAAGAGCUUUCAGUCCCUGCGUUUGCUCUGCACACAGAUGCCAGACCCAGGAAAUUGGUUGUCAGCUCUGGAGAGCACCAAAUGGCUGCAGCACUUGUCUGUGCUUCUGAAAUCCGCACUGCUCGUGGUUCAUGCUGUGGACCGAGACCAGCGACCUGUCUUGGUGCACUGCUCGGAUGGCUGGGACCGAACCCCCCAGAUCGUGGCUCUGGCCAAACUGCUGCUAGAUCCCUACUACAGGACCACAGAGGGUUUCCAGGUGCUAGUGGAGAUGGAGUGGCUGGAUUUUGGCCACAAGUUUGCCGAUCGCUGUGGCCAUGGUGAGAAUUCGGAUGACCUAAAUGAGCGCUGCCCAGUGUUCUUACAGUGGCUGGACUGCGUCCAUCAGCUCCAGAGGCAGUUCCCUUGCUCUUUCGAGUUUAACGAAGCAUUCCUUGUCAAAUUGGUGCAGCACACCUACUCUUGCCUCUUUGGUACAUUCCUGUGCAACAAUGCAAAAGAAAGAGGAGAAAAACACACUCAGGAACGGACCUGUUCUGUCUGGUCUUUGCUGCGGGCAGCAAACAAAGCCUUCAAGAACCUGCUCUACUCCUCCCAGUCAGAAUCUGUGCUGUACCCAGUGUGCCAUGUGCGUAAUUUAAUGCUCUGGAGUGCUGUUUACCUGCCCUGUUCUUCCCCCUCUACACCUGCUGACGACACCUGUGCCCCAUACCCUGUUCCAGGCUCUAGCCCUGAAGAUCAGCCCCUGGGCAGGUUACCAAAGACAAGAUCCUUUGACAAUCUGACGACAGCCUGUGACAGCAGCGUGCCUACAGCCAAUCGACGGAGCAGCGACCCCAGCCUCAACGAGAAGUGGCAGGAGCACAGGAGGUCUCUGGAGCUGAGCAGCCUCGGGAACCCCGGGGACGAUCCCUUUGAUGGGGAUGGCCUGAGCAAGCAGGGCAGGGCCCCGCUGGGGGCAGAGCUUUCUGUUGCGGCCGGCGUGGCGGAGGGACAGAUGGAAAACAUUUUGCAGGAGGCCACUAAAGAGGAUGUUAUUCUGGAGGAGCACUUAAGGGGUGGCCUGGAGACUGCGGGUAAAGGGGAUGAGAUUGCCUUGGAUAAGGAGAAGAGAAGCGAAAAUCUCCGUGGGUAUGUCAGCGAACUGCGUGAAAAGGCUGAGGAUAAAGGUAUUGUAAUGAACAACCCGCGUCCGCUUUCACAAGGUGCUCGUGAGCUUAAAGGACACCAGGAUGAGCACGCGGAGCUCAGUAACACUAUCCAGAAGUUACCUCAGGGGAAGGGGCUGCAGACUGUUCCUUUGGAGAGUUUUGUAAAUAGAGACGCUCAAAAGAACGCGGAGGAAGGUGUGGGCAAGCCCGAAGGAGAGGGAGAAAGCCUGCAGAGCGCACCGCAGGCCGGCCUUCUGUUAGCUCUCGGCAGCCUGCACGAGGCGAGAACAUCCAACAUUGAAAGUUCUACAGAAACCUUAACGGAGAACGAAGCAAAGCAGGAGCUAAUUCCCAAGGGUCCUUGCCACAGAGCCCAUCUGAUGGACAGCAGCGCCGACGAGCUUCCGCGAACUGUGGAAAACAGGCCCGAGGGGGAGAGCGUGGUAGAGCUUCAGAAACCGGGCACAAAAGUACAUAGGACUUCUGGUGGCGGCAGCGCACGCGUCCCAAUGCCUUCCCCUUGUGCCUUGCCUUUAGGUGAAUGUAAGGAUGAGGUUGUGUGUAACGGAGAGCUGGAGCCUGAGAACAAGGUGUCGGAGGAGCCGGCCGGGCUCGGCAUCGUGCAGAAAUACCACGCGACAAACGGACACUGCGUGAACGGGGAGGACGGGAGGAUCAAGGCCUCCCUGAGCCGGCAGGUCUCCGCCGCGAGCUGCGGCUCCGUGCAGCUUCACUUGAGGAACUUGCACCAAAAAUGGAUGGCUGCUCAUCUCGGGAAGCAGCAGGCGGCCGGCAGCCCAGACCAACCUGCCAGGAGCCACCUGGACGACGACGGGAUGCCCGUCUACACCGACGUCAUCCAGCAGCGCCUGCGCCAGAUCGAAACUGGGCAUCAGCAGGAGGUGGAGACCUUGAAGAAGCAAGUGCAGGAGCUGAGAAGCCGGUUGGAGAGCCAGUUCCUGAACAGCUCCCUGCGGCUCAAUGGCGAUUACGGAGACGAAGUGACUUCUAUACCCGACUCGGAAAGCAAUCUGGAUCAGAACUGCUUGUCUCGCUGCAGCACAGAGAUUUUCUCUGAAGCCAGCUGGGAGCAGGUGGACAAACAGGACACAGAGGUGACACGAUGGCUGCCGGACCACCUGGCCGCGCACUGCUAUGGCUGCGACAGCGCGUUCUGGCUGGCCAGCAGGAAGCACCACUGCAGGAAUUGCGGAAACGUGUUCUGCUCCAGCUGCUGUAACCAGAAGGUGCCGGUUCCCAGCCAGCAGCUCUUUGAGCCCAGCAGAGUCUGCAAAUCGUGCUACAGCAGCUUGCACCCGAGCAGCGCCAGCCUUGAUCUUGAACUGGACAAACCCAUCACUGCCACAUCCAACUGAACGCCCGCGCGGAGGCGGCGCGGAGCGGCCGCGGCUCUUCCCCAAGCUGGGGCGCGCGGCCUCGGUGGGCUGAGAGCGGGAGGACGGGGGGCGAGGGACGGAGCUGGGCCGUGCUGUGCCGCUGAGCGUGGGCGUCUCCUCCUGCAGCCCUUCCCUUUCCUUCCUGUCCCGUUCGUGUGUAUGUGUGUGCGUGUACGCGCCUGCGUGUGUGUAUAUAUAUAAUAAUAUAUAUAUGUUUGCUUGUUUGCUGGAAGAUUGUAGGAGUGGGAAGGGAGCUGGCACCGGAACCAGAUUUCCCUUUUGUAUUUCGCUGUCCCACUGCUGAACUGCGUUGCAGACAAUUCUGUGGAGGAAAGGAGACGAGGGGAAUCGGCCCAGGCAGCGUGCCGGGUGAAUCGCCGCAGCCUCAGCGCUAGUGCUUUCAAUCACUCCUGUUACUUCCAAACAAGGAACUGCUGUUUGGGAAUUUGUUGCUGCUAGAAGAAAUGGGAACCUCUUUCCCAAGAGAGCACUCUCCCUCUCUGUUCUUAGAGUGGGCUCAGCCACCCGCGCUGCGUGCAGGGGGAGCCAGUCCCAGGUUUCCACGCACGGCGUCGCUGAGAGGUGAGGAGGGGCCGGGCCGCGCUGCCGAGCCGAGGUUGGUUUGACAGAGGCGCCGCUGUCUCAAGUUGUGUCGGUGCAAUUCCUUAUUUAAAACCAAGCCGGAAGGCAGAAGCCCUCGGAUUUCUGUCCUCGUCCCUCUCGGUUGGUUUGCUCGGUGCAGAGCUCCUCCUGGAGCAGUGGCACUGCAGCUGUGCUGCGCUUCUGCGCCUGGUCCCCGAGGGCUGCGUGGUGCUGCCACGUUCCUGCUCCUUGCGGCCCGUGCUCUGCGUGCUGCGGGGAGAAGGAGCUGCCUGAGGGUUGGAGCGGGCUCACGGCGCAGCGUGGAUUCCCCUCCUUCCUUCUGCCCCAAUCCGAGUUGCUUUUCGAGUCACCUCAAUAAAGCGUGGAUCUCUUGAAUCUGUUUUUAACUGAGCGUCAGGUACUCGGCCCCUUCUCCCUUUUGGCAGGGCAGCGUUGCUCGGUGCACUUGGGCCAGGAGAUGCAUCUGCUCCCGUCCUGCCUUGCAGCGCGCUGCCUCGCCCGGCUUACAGCUCCUGUGCCGUUCUCAAGGACACAACAACCCUGCCGCGAUAUUGGGCAGCUCAAAAACGUUAACUCACAAUUCUUGGGGAGGGAUCGGUCCCCUUCCCCGCGGCGUCACAAUCUCGUGGUCUGCGGGGUCCGACAGAGAACGCCAUCCCGUGAGGUCCAGUGGGGAAGGAAGCGCCGAGGUGUUCUGCUGGACACGGACCCCCCCCCCGUGCCAGCGCUGCUGCGCCGCGAGCUGACGCUGCAGGGCCGGGAUGGAGCUGCAGGAGCCGCCCGGGGACGGGGCCUGGUGGCAGCACUCAGCAGGAGAGCAACGCCAAGAGAAAGCUGCCUUCUCCCGCUGAGUUCUUACCCGUUCGCUCCAACGCGGCCACGUGUGGGGCAGAGCCGCGGGGCUGGAGCCGGAUGCGAAGUGGGGGGGGGGUGGGUGCUGCCAGCACUGGGGCGUCGCGGUGCAGGCGGCGUCGUGCAGCGCCAGGUGCCAAGGGGUGCGAUACGGGUUCGUGGCUCCGCGAUGUACAGUGUGAAUAAACGCUUGCCGCUCUUAGUCUUU